AUUUCAUACCCAAAUUUUCCGAGAAAAGGAAAACACGAAUGAAGUGUAGACUGUAGUAUAGGUCAUCACUCUUCCAAAUUUAGUAACGCGAUCACAAUGUGGAAGGAGAAGAGCCCAGGAGUCAAGAUUCUCUGGAUAUGGACGAUCGGCACCGCCGCCGUGCUUGUCGCAAACGUUGCUACAAGUAGAGUAAGAGACAUGAACAAGUUGCUCGAUUCCCAGGAAGAAUCUUCUUCUCCUCAUGAUAUUGCUAAUCCACAAACAACCGACUCCAUCAUAACAGAUAAGGUCAACGAUUCAAGCCUAGACCAAGAAAAUUGAAAACUUGUGAUUUUGUAAUUUUAUCUGUUGAAGAAUUUUGCAUCUUGAAACUUGAAUUUUGUCUUGGAUUAUAUGCCUGGACCUUUUUUCUUUUUAUACAUUCAUAAUGAUGUUGUGCGAU